AUGCUGAGCCGGCUCGGGGCGCUGCUGCAGGAGGCCGUGGGGGCGCGGGAGCCCAGCAUUGACCUGCUGGAGGCCUUCGUGGAACACUGGAAGGGCAUCACGAACUACUACAUCGAAAGUACAGAUGAAAACACCCCGGCCAGGAAAACAGAUAUUCCCUGGCGGCUGAAGCAGAUGCUGGAUAUCCUGGUCUACGAGGAGAAGCAGCAGGCGGCGGCCGGCGAGGCGGGGCCGUGCCUGGAGUACCUACUGCAGCACAAGAUCCUGGAGACCCUGUGCGCGCUGGGCAAGGCCGAGUACCCACCCGGCAUGCGGCAGCAAGUGCUGCAGUUCUUCAGCAAGAUUCUGGCCCAAGUGCAACACCCGCUCCUGCAUUAUCUCAACGUCCACAGACCCGUGCAGAAACUUCUCCGACUUGGUGGGACAGUUCCUGGAUCCCUCACAGAAAAGGAGGAGGUGCAGUUCACCACCGUCCUCUGCUCCAAGAUCCAGCAGGACCCAGCCCUGCUCACCUACAUCCUAGAAGGUAAAGAGACUACUGGUAGGAAGAAGGCGCCCAGAGAAGCCACUGCCUCGCUGAGAGAGGCAGCCAGUGCCAGGGACAAGGACCGCCCGCAGAGCAAGGCUCCCGACACUGGUCCCUGCGGGGCCUGGGCCUCAAGCGCCCAGCUGCCUGCUGAGACCCAGGAGCCAGAUGGACCGAUCGGGGAGAGCGGCCUCAUUACCUCCCUGGUUGGCUUGUGCAAGAGCAAGAAAGGUCGGGUGGCCCUGAAGGCCCAGGAGAACCUGCUGCUCCUGGUACGCGUGGCAUCCCAGGCGGCCGCCACCUGCCUAGUGCAGAGCAGCCCUUGUUGUCCUGCCGUCGUCGAGCGCCUCUGCCAGCUCUACCAGUCCCUUCCCAGCGCCCUGGACCCUGCAGACAUUGCCGCUAUAGAGGGCAUCAGCUGGAGGUUACCCAGCGCCCCGUCUGAUGAGGCUUCCUUCCCCGGCAAGGAGGCCUUGGCUGCCUUUUUGGGCUGGUUCGACUACUGUGACCACCUCAUCACAGAGGCACACGCGGUGGUUUCAGAUGCCUUGGCAAAGGCUGUGGCUGAGAAGUUAUUUGUGGAAAUUCUGCAGCCCCAGCUCCUACACGUGUCCGAGCAGAGCGUCCUGACGUCCACUGCCCUGCUCACAGUCAUGCUGCGCCAGCUCCGCGCCCCGGCGCUGCUGCGGGAGGCGGUGGCCUUCCUCCUGGGCAUGGACCAGCAGCCUGCAGCCCCCGAGGACAGCCCCCGCACCCUGUGUGCCCACCUCAUCAGGCACUGUGACCACCUCUCUGAUGAGAUCAGCAUCGCCACACUGCGGCUAUUUGAGGAGCUACUGCAGAAGCCCCACGAGCAGAUUGUCCGGAGCCUGAUCCUAUGCCACCUGGAGGGCCGCGCUUACGUGGCCCGUGGCUCGCCCGAGCCCGAGAGCUAUGAGGACACCCUAGAUCUAGAGGAGGAUCCCUACUUCACCGACAGCUUCCUCGACUCUGGCUUUCAGCCCUCCGUGAAGCCUCCCCCGGCCCCUGCCACCAACCCCGACGGCAAGACAGCGGUGACCGAGAUUGUCAACAGUUUCCUCUGCCUCGUUCCUGAGGAAGCCAAGACGUCGGCCUUCCUGGAGGAGACGGGGUACGACACGUACGUCCACGACGCUUAUGGACUGUUCCAGGAGUGCAGCUCCCGAGUGACACCCUGGGGCUGGCCACUGGCUCCCCCACCCCUGGACCCCCAUGAACCCGAACGGCCUUUCUUUGAGGGUCCCUUCCUCCAAGUGCUGUUUGACCGCAUGUCCCGGAUUUUAGAACAGCCAUACAGCCUGAAUCUGCAGGUGACCUCAGUGCUGUCCCGGCUCGCGCUUUUCCCCCACCCCCUCAUCCACGAGUACCUCCUGGAUCCCUACACCAGCCUGGCCCCUGGCUGCCGCAGCCUGUUCUCUGUGCUCGUCAGGGUGAUCGGGGACUUGAUGCAGAGAAUUCAGAGGGUGCCCCAGUUCCCAGGCAAACUGCUCCUGGUGCGCAGGCAGCUGAUGGGCCAAGUCCCCGGGGAGCAGCUGGACCACCAGACCUUCCUCCAGGGCGUGGUCGUCCUGGAGGAGUUCUGCAAGGAGCUGGCUGCCAUUGCUUUCGUCAAGUUCGCCCCACAUGGUCCUCACCUGCACCUCUCCAAACCCCCGGAAGGGCAUGUGUGA